AUGGCCCAAGAAUUUGCCAAACUUCUCGGCAUUAGUGAUUUUAAAGUAUCUGAAGAUCUUCCAAAAUAUAGAGAAGAAUUACAAAAUUUAUUAAAAGAUUGGCCACUAGAAGAUAUCUUUAAUUGUGAUGAAACUGGUCUAUUUUGGAAAAUGGAACCUUCAAAAUCCCUUGCCAGAGAUGCAAUUAUAGGAAAAAAAAAGAAUAAACAAAGAGUUACAGUUCUUUUAUGUGCAAAUAUUACAGCAUCUGCUCAUUGUAGUGAAGAAAGUUUAAAAUCAGAAAAGUUAUCAAAUAUUAUACUACAUCCAUUACCUGCAAAUACUACAGCACAUUUACAACCAAUGGAUGCAGGUAUAAUCCAUUCUUUUAAGGCACAAUAUAGAAAACUUCUUGUAAAAUUUAGAAUUGAUCAAUUUAAUUUAAUGGAUAAUAAUAAUAUUCGAAAAGACAUUAAUAUCAAGCAUGCUAUAGAUUGGAUUGCUGAAGCAUGGAAUAAUAUUAAGUUUGACAAUCCAGAAACACCCUCAUCUAUAGAUAGCAUUAUUUCAGAUAGCACAAUAACUGGUGAUAUAAUUCCAUUUCAACAAUAUAAUAAUCAAGAAAUUCAAAAUUUAAUUUCUCAAUUGCCUUAUGAAGAUAUCAUUAAUACAAAUGACUAUAUUGAGAUUGAUGAUUCACUUGAAAUUGAAAAUAUUAAUAUAACAAAUAGAAAUAUUAUAAAUUUAGUUCAAAAAAAAAAUCAACCAAAAGAAUUAAACAAAAAUUAG